GACUCGUGAGUUGGAUGUAGCAGCAGCCUGGCGUCUCCUCUGCAGUGACGGAAAGCCACUCCAGCAGCGCCACUACGAUGGACUGAAGGUAAUGCAGAGGAGUGUUUCACACUAGGAUGACAGCUGGGCUGAUGACCAGCAUGGCUGCUUGUUCCUGAGUGAAAGCUGCAUGCUCGCUCUCUGGAUCCAUCCCUCUGACUGCCCAUGAGCCGAUCCAACCCUCCAUCAGACAGCCCCAUCUCCACUGUACCCCAUCUCCAUCCCUGCUCUGCUCUGCCGCUGCUUGCUAGUCCUCUCUUCCUCAGUCCCUGACCUAGUGUGACCCCCUGCAUGCCUGGCAAAUAGCGAGCGAAGCGUUAGCAGACUGUUUAAUUGGACAUUUCUUCCCCUGCUAUUCAUGAAGUGUCAGCUGGACCAAAUGCAGCGGGGAGUCGACAGUCGAAGGGAGCCAGAGGGGGUGGGCCCCUGUUCAGAUCCCGGAGCUGGAGGAGUGGCAGCGGGGUCACAUGGCCCGGGCUUGAAGAGGGCCUCAUCCCAGUUAGAGCCCCCUUCCUUCAGUAAGAUGAGCCAGAACGCCAGGGAGAGCAUGGGGGUUCUUGGCCAGGGCUUGAAACAGCUGUUCCAGCAGCAGCGUAAACGCCUCUCCCUCUCUCGCUCCACCAUCACCUCCUCAUCCUCCUCCUCAUCUUCCUCUGUGGUGUCGGCGAGCGGCGCCCCCACCUCUGCCCCCGAGGACCCCCUGUCCCGUUGUCCCGACUCUGACGGCCUCUGUGCUCCUGUGAUUCCCUCCGCAGCUGGCCGGGGCUCAGCCGCUGGCGGCACCAUGAGGCGCGGCACCAGCCUGCAGAGUCGGCGCAGUAAGGGGUCCGGCUCUGUGAGCGGGGACCGAGACCCCCUCCUGAGGGGCAGCCCCCAGGCCCCGCAUCGCCGCCACACUCACGACCCGCAGCAGCACACCAGCCGCCCGCGCUCCUCCUCCACCACCGACACCACGCCCAGCAGCCCUGCGCCCGGAUGCGCCGGCGGGGACGUGGUGCUGUCGUCGGGGUACCAGUCCACCGAGGAGACGGACAGGAUCGACCGGCUGGAGGUGAGCGGUCUCGGUCAGACGCCGCUGGCUGUUUCGUGUGGGGCGGACAGUUCGUUCCCGGGGGGCGAGGACAACACGCCGGACCCCCAGCGCACCAAGCAGGCCAUCGCCCAGCUGCAACAGAAGAUCCUGAAGCUCACGGAGCAGAUCAAGAUUGAACAGACGGCCAGGGAUGACAAUGUGGCAGAGUACCUCAAGUUGGCCAACAAUGCCGACAAACAGCAAAGCACACGCAUUAAACAGGUUUUUGAGAAAAAGAACCAGAAGUCGGCACAGACCAUCCAGCAGUUACAGAGGAAGCUGGAGCACUACCACCGGAAGCUCCGGGAGGUGGAGCACAACGGCAUCCCCCGCCAGCCCAAGGAUGUGUUGCGGGACAUGCAGCAGGGCCUGAAGGAUGUCGGAGCCAAAGUGACGGGCUUCAGCGAGGGCGUGGUGGACAGUGUGAAGGGGGGACUCUCCAGCUUCUCGCAGGCCACACACUCGGCCGCGGGCGCCGUCGUUUCCAAGCCCCGGGAGAUCGCCUCGCUCAUUCGCAACAAAUUCGGCAGCGCCGACAACAUCCCCUCCCUGAAAGACUCUCUGGACGACCCGUCGGUGGAUGAGGCCGUGACGGGCGGGGGCGGGCGCUCGCUGGCCAGCGCCGGGCAUCACCUCCAGUCCAGUCCAAAGUACGGCAGCGAGGACGACUGCUCCAGCGCCACGUCAGGUUCGGCAGGGGCCAACAGCACCACCGGGGCCCCAGGGGGCCCCCCCAGUUCGAAGGGCAACACACUGGAAAGGAGCCAGAGCUCCAGCCUGGACAUGCUGCUGCAGGAGAUGCAGGAGCUGCGAGACGGCCAGGCGAGGCUGGAGGAGAGCCUGGACGGCGUGAAGACCCACUACCAGAGAGAUUACACUGUUGUCAUGCAAGCACUGCAGGAAGAACGCUUCAGGUGCGAGCGUCUGGAGGAACAGCUGAACGACCUGACUGAACUGCAUCAGAACGAGAUCCUCAACCUCAAGCAGGAGCUGGCCAGCAUGGAGGAGAAGAUCGCUUACCAGUCCUACGAACGAGCCCGAGACAUCCAGGAGGCGCUGGAGGCAUGUCAGACCAGGAUUUCCAAGAUGGAGCUCCAGCAGCAGCAACAGCAGGUGGUCCAGUUGGAGGGGUUGGAAAACGCCACGGCGAGGACCCUCCUGGGGAAACUCAUCAACGUGCUGCUGGCCCUCAUGGCCGUCCUUCUGGUCUUCGUCUCCACCGUGGCCAACUGCGUGGUCCCCCUGAUGAAGACGCGCUCCCGCUCGCUCUCCACGCUGCUCCUCAUCCUCCUGCUGGCCUUCCUGUGGAGGAACUGGGACGCCCUGUCGGGAUACACGCACCGCGCCCUGCAGCCCCCGGGAUGAGCGCAUCGCCGCCGGCACGCGUUUGCUUCGGUGACACCGGGUGAGGACGGCGCUGCGGCUGCAGUCGGGCAGCAGCGGGGUUGAAGGAGGAGACGGCCGCCAUGAUGACUGUGCAGCUGCAGAGAAUCCGGCUGCGUUCACUCGGACUCGGCCUGAAAUCCAGAGGAGGCUGAAUGAAGUUGAGAACACUCACACUUGGGAAGGACAAGACUGUUUACAUUUUUUUUUUUUUUUAAAUGAACUCUUGUGUUGUCAUCUUUCACAGAAUACAGCACUGUACUGUUUUUAUCUUUAGACUUUAAUCAAUUAUAAUAUUAUUUCUAAUAAUAUUUUUAUUGUCGAUGUUAUUUUAUUCAGUAAGAUGUAGCAUCACGCUGCUCUCCGUCUACAAUGAAGGGGAGUUUAGUCAGGAAACUGGACUCGAAAGGCCCGGUCUAAUUGUAGGGACGUGCACAUGUGAGAAUGUGGUUGAUUGCCUUUAGGAACGGAGAUUUUUUCCUCGCUGUGAUCGGUAGAUUUGAACCAUGGCUGAAAACCUUCCUGGGAGUUGCUCCUUUCCUUGCUGUGAUAGAAUUUGCUCAGACUGAACGUUUUUGAAGGACUUGCUGUGACCGUUGAGCGUCGCCAUGAGAAGAGACCGGGCUUCCGUACCGAUUUUAAUGACGAAGAAUUGAUGAGCGAAAACAGAAAAUAGUAUAAGGAUGUGAAAAUAUAAGGUUAGGUCUUUGAUGAACUCGCCACAAAAAGCGACCUGUAGACGCAGAAGGCUGCUGUCUUGGCGUCGGUUUGCUUUGCAGCAUGUUUUACUGCAUGUUGUCUUGAAGGAAAUGGCAUCAGAGCCAGUUUGCAAGCAAUGUCGAAAAACCCGGGUAAUCGUCUCCACAGACCGUGUUGGAUGUGACGGGGUCAGGAAAGAGAGACCACUGGUGCUCGUCCAGCUCUAUCUCGGCUGGAUCAGGAACGCUGCUGCUUCAUAUCGACAGUGCAAGUCAUCUCCACUGCCAUGUCACAUGCACACUGCCUCUAUGGGAAAUAUACAUUUAUAAUACACCAGUGGCCGUCGUCACUUUUUUUUUUCUUUUUCUUUAAUCCCAUAAGAACUCUAGCUUGCGGUGUAGUCACCCAGUGCCAAACUUUAGUGAACCUGAGUGUAGAAGACGGAGAGGACGCUCCUCAGCAGGUCUUACACUUCUUUUUAAUAAGGUCAUGAAUGUCGAGCCGGGAUGUCAGGAAUGUCUCUUUUGAGUGAUGUAAAUACUGCCAGAAAAAAAGGCUGUUCGCAAUCUAACUCCACAUCCCCGGUCGUGUGUUUCUGCACUUUCCGCUGGAUGGAGUACAGUUCCUCCAUUCAGCAUCUGGUCUCUCUUAAGGUCUCUCAUCCAGUCAAGGACACUGUAAGACCACCGAGCGCAGUCAGUUGUCCCAUUUCAUGCUGAGAAGCUGAUUUCCUAACAGAUUGUGCAACCAUUUGAACUGUACAGCUGCACUUUAGUACACGGCUAGAUAGCUUAUGGGUCAGGCUGAUUCUUAACAAACCUUUGAUAGACGCUUCAAAGGUUGCCACGCUUCACGGUGCCGCUCCGCGGGUGAAGGAGAGCGGACUCGGGUCGGGGUGGCCGCCAUCUUUGCCGAAAGACGAGAAAAUAAACACACAAAGGAGAUUCAUUUCUUGUCAAAAUGUGAGUAAAACUUGAUUCCUCUCGAGUCAAACAUGCAAUUAAGACGGCGUCAAGUGGAUCUGCUGACAUGUUGAACUUCUGCCGUCACGGGUACAGCGGACAAGUCGACAGCGAGCUGACCUCUGACCUGAGCUUGUCCUCGCUUUAACACUCACGAUGUAGGGGUUGUGUGCUAAACCACUCCAGUGCCUUCCGAUGUCCUUUUUUUAAUGUGUGAAAUAAAUAAAGUGCAUUCCUGACUAA